CGGAAUACUGCGGUGGUAAACAGGCUCUUCUCGCUGUGGAUCUAAAAGUGUAGUGUACCCACAAUGAACUGGAACAAGGGAGGCCCUGGGGCUAAGAGAGGUUUUGGCUUCGGAGGAUUCUCGCUCUCCGGGGGAAAGAAGGAAGAGCCUCGGUUGACACAAUCGGCCCAUACAGCGUUUUCAAGUUCAGGAGCUGCGGGGGGAUACGGCAAGAACCAGCAGCUCCCUGCUUUCUACAAAAUCGGUACCAAAAGGGCCAAUUUCGACGAGGAAAAUGCUUAUUUUGAAGACGAAGAGGAAGAGUCGAGCACAGCAGACCUGCCGUACAUACCGGCAGAGAAUUCUCCGACGCGGCAGCAGUUCCAGUCCGGAGGGGGAGGCUCAGAUAGUGAAGAUGAUCCGCUGGAUGCCUUUAUGGCUGAGGUUGAGAACCAAGCAGCAAAGGACAUGAAGAAGCUGGAAGACAAGGAGAAAGAGAAGAAGGCAGCAAAGGGUAUACGUGAUGAUAUUGAAGAGGAGGAUGACCAAGAGGCUUACUUCCGUUACAUGGCGGAGAAUCCGACAGCCGGGCUGACGCAGGAGGAAGAGGAGGAGACCAUCGACUACGACAGCGACGGAAACCCCAUCGCCCCCACCACCAAAAAAAUCAUUAUGCCCCUCCCCCCGAUCGACCACACAGAGAUUGACUACGCGCCCUUUGAGAAGAACUUCUAUAACGAGCAUGAGGAGCUGAGCAGUCUUACAGGGACACAGGUGGUGGAACUGAGACAGAAACUCAACCUUAGGGUGUCUGGUGCUGCUCCUCCUAAACCCGCCACCAGUUUCGCCCACUUUGGCUUUGACGAGCAGCUCAUGCAGCAAAUCCGGAAGUCCGAGUACACCCAGCCCACACCCAUUCAGUGCCAGGGGGUGCCCAUCGCGCUGAGCGGCAGGGACAUGAUCGGCAUCGCCAAGACGGGCAGCGGAAAAACGGCCGCCUUCAUUUGGCCCAUGCUGGUUCACAUCAUGGACCAGAAAGAACUUGAGCAAGGAGACGGACCGAUCGCAGUCAUAGUCUGCCCGACCAGAGAGCUCUGUCAACAGAUCCAUACGGAGUGUAAGCGUUUCGGGAAGGCCUACGGGCUGCGUUCGGUGGCUGUUUACGGAGGGGGCAGCAUGUGGGAACAGGCCAAAGCGUUACAGGAGGGAGCCGAAAUCGUCGUCUGCACCCCGGGCCGUCUGAUUGACCACGUGAAGAAGAAGGCCACCUCGCUGCAGAGGGUCACGUACCUGGUGUUUGAUGAAGCCGACCGCAUGUUUGACAUGGGCUUCGAAUAUCAAGUCAGAUCCAUCGCCAGUCACGUCAGACCUGAUAGACAGACGCUUCUCUUCAGCGCGACGUUCCGUAAGAAGAUCGAGAAGCUGGCGCGAGAUAUUUUGGUGGACCCCAUUCGUGUGGUGCAGGGCGACAUUGGAGAGGCUAACGAGGACGUGACCCAGGUGGUGGAGGUGCUGCCCUCUGGGCAGGAUAAGUGGUCGUGGUUGACGCGGAGGGUGGUGGAGUUCACCUCCACGGGGUCUGUGCUUAUCUUCGUCACUAAGAAGGCCAACUGUGAGGAGCUGGCCACUAACCUGACGCAGGAGGGUUACAGUCUGGGUCUGCUGCACGGAGACAUGGACCAGAGCGAAAGGAACAAAGUCAUCACCGACUUCAAGAAGAAGAACCUGCCCGUGCUGGUGGCCACCGAUGUGGCAGCUCGUGGGUUGGAUAUUCCCUCUAUCCGUACGGUGGUUAACUAUGACGUCGCUCGUGACAUCGACACGCACACGCACAGGAUCGGUCGAACGGGUCGUGCCGGGGAGAAGGGCGUGGCCUACACCCUGCUCACACACAAAGACACGUCAUUCGCUGGAGACCUUGUCCGUAACCUCGAGGGAGCCAAUCAGUAUGUUCCAAAGGAGCUGAUGGACCUGGCAAUGCAGAAUCCCUGGUUCAGGAAGUCUCGCUUCAAAGGAGGGAAGGGGAAGAAACUGAAUGUUGGAGGUGGAGGUUUGGGCUACAGAGAGAGGCCCGGCCUGGGCGCAGAGACCUCUGAGCGCAGCAGUACUGGAGGAGCUAUGGGUAAUUAUGAGGCGUAUAAACCAUCGACUGGAGCUAUGGGAGACCGAAUGGCAGCUAUGAAACAAGCCUUCCAGGCUCAGUAUAAGAACCACUUUGUGGCUGCUUCAGAGGGUCCUCCUAAACUCUCUGCUAAGUCCAGCAGCACCUCUGGAUGGACCAGUGCAGGCAGCCUGAGCUCUCUGCCCUCUGGUGACCCCGACGCUUUAGACCACCAACCCCGGCAAAUGCCACCUUCCUCUUCCUCUUCCUCCCCCAUGCCUCCUCCGCCGCAGCUCAGUUCCGGCACCAAAAUGGCCGGUUUCAGCAGCGCCGGUUCUCUCAGCUCCGUGUCCGACGCUUACUCGAGCUCCUACUCUUCCUCCUCGGCCAGAGACGGCUCCCGUGGCGACCGGCACGGCGACGGUUGGGGUCGCCAUGGCGACAGGCACAGCGGAGAUCGAGAUCGCCAUGGCGACAGGCACAGCGGAGAUCGAGAUCGCCAUGGCGACAGGGACCGGCACGGAGACCGAGAUCGACACGGAGACAGAGACCGCCACAGCGACGGAAGGAACGGCGACGGAAGCCGCCGGGACCGGGACGGGCGGUCGGAGAGAGACGACUGGAGUCGAGACGGGGAUGGGCGGAGCCACAGAGGAGGGGAAGACAGCUUUGCGGUUCCAGAUCCCCCGAAACGCAAGAAAAGCCGAUGGGACAAUUAGGGCGAACAAAAAAUCCAUUGGAAAACAUCUCCACAACAACUAUUCAAACAGCUGUUUGUAGAUCAGCAUGCAUAGCUUAGAGACUAUCAAAACAUUACCUGCUUAUCUCAAAUUUCCACAUAACUUGUGAAGAAGUGGACUGUUAGGUGCAGAGGCAAGUUUUUAGAAACACACUUUUUGCCCACUACCUGCUGAUCUGAUAUCAGUAAUUAUGGUUUUCUUAUAAGGGUCUAGAUUGGGGAAGAGGUGAUCCUAGGUCUGCUGUUAAGGGCAGAGAGGAACUGAUGUAGUUUCUCAUUAACAUCAGACAUGUGCACUAGAAGAAGCCUUUAUCUCAGCACCACUUGUGUGGGGCAUUUUAACCAGACUUUUCCUCUGUUCAGCCCAUCCAGCCCCAGUAUAGACCAAUGAAGGGUUGCAGUGGUUUGGCGAUGAGAUUCAAAAGGGUUUUUUUGAAAUGAUUAUCUUUUCUGGAUCCUUCCACUGACCCCUGCUCAUUAUUUAAAGCUUAAAUGUGAAUUAUUGGGGGAGACAUCCAACCUCUC